AUGUCCGGCUAUCCCGCAGGAGGCCAGUAUGAGGAGGGCUACGGCCACCAGCAAGAGCAUGCUGGUGACUCGUACUACCAAGACGAACAUGGCCAGCCUUAUUAUGAUCAUGAAAAUUAUGGUGAUAGUUACUAUGAUAGAGGGAACGGCAAUUAUUACAACGCCGAGGGAGGUCAGGGGUACCAACAAGAAGGCGGAUACUACGAUGGUGGCCACCAGGACGAAUACUACGGUGACCAGUACUACGACCAAGGCAAUGGCGCUGCUAGGGGUAGACGUCGCGGCGACUCCGAAGAAGAUUCCGAGACAUUCAGCGACUUCACCAUGAGAUCCGAGACUGCCCGGGCGGCUGACAUGGAUUACUACGGCCGGGGCGAUGAGCGUUACAACAGCUAUGCUGACAGCCAGUAUGGUGGUCGUGGCGGAUACGGUGGCUACCGGCCACCAUCAUCCCAAGUCUCAUAUGGUGCUAACCGAUCCUCCGGAGCCUCCACUCCCGUGUACGGCAUGGACUACGGCGGUGCUUUGCCCGCUAACCAGCGCUCGCGGGAGCCCUUCCCGGCCUGGGCUUCGGAUGGCCAAGUGCCUGUCUCCAAGGAAGAGAUCGAAGAUAUCUUCAUUGACUUGGUCAACAAAUUCGGUUUCCAGCGUGACAGCAUGCGUAACAUGUACGACCACUUGAUGACACAGCUGGACUCUCGCGCUUCUCGUAUGACUCCUAACCAGGCUCUCCUGUCACUCCACGCCGACUACAUUGGAGGCGAAAACGCGAAUUACCGCCGCUGGUACUUUGCCGCCCAUCUGGACCUGGACGAUGCCGUUGGUUUUGCCAACAUGAAACUUGGAAAGGCGGAUCGUAAGACAAGGAAAGCUCGCGCCGCCGCCAAGAAGGCUGCUCAGCAGAACCCCGAGAAUGUUGAGGAGAACCUUGAGGCUCUGGAGGGAGAUAACAGUCUGGAAGCUGCCGAAUACCGGUGGAAGACACGCAUGAACCGCAUGUCUCAGCAUGACAGAGUACGCCAGAUUGCUCUCUAUCUGCUGUGCUGGGGUGAGGCUAACCAGGUCCGUUACUUGCCGGAAUGUCUUUGCUUUAUCUUCAAAUGUGCGGACGAUUACUACAGCUCUCCCGAAUGCCAGAACCGGGUUGAGCCAGUAGAGGAGCUCACUUACCUCAAUGAGAUCAUCACCCCCUUGUAUCAGUUCUGCCGUGAUCAAGGCUAUGAGAUCUCUGAUGGCAAGUAUGUUCGGCGCGAGCGUGAUCACGACAAGAUCAUUGGUUACGAUGACAUGAACCAGUUGUUCUGGUAUCCCGAGGGUAUUGAACGCAUCUCGUUCGAGGACAAGACCCGCCUCGUCGAUGUCCCGCCCGCGGAAAGAUGGACUAAGCUGAAGGAUGUGGAUUGGAAGAAGGCCUUCUUCAAGACCUACCGGGAAACACGUUCUUGGUUCCACUUGAUCACCAAUUUCAACCGCAUCUGGGUGAUCCACCUUGGUGCUUUCUGGUUCUUCACUGCCUACAACGCCCCGACCAUCUACACUCACAACUACCAACAGCAGCUGGACAACAAACCGCCUGGUUCCUACAAAUGGUCUGCUGUCGGGUUUGGAGGUGCUCUCGUCUCGUUUAUUCAGAUCAUGGCUACUAUUUGUGAAUGGAUGUAUGUCCCUCGCCGAUGGGCCGGUGCGCAGCAUCUCACCAAGCGCUUGUUCUUCCUCCUGGCCGUUUUCAUCGUCAAUCUUGCUCCUGGUGUCGUCGUCUUCGGGUUCAAGAGUAGCAUUGGUGAGACUAUUGCUCUCGUCAUUGGUAUCGUUCACUUCUUCAUCGCGUUGGCUACGUUCUUCUUCUUCUCCAUUAUGCCGCUCGGCGGUCUCUUUGGCAGCUACCUGAAGAAGCAUGGGCGCCAAUACGUUGCCAGUCAGACGUUUACGGCUAGUUUCCCGAGGCUCACCGGUAAUGACAUGUGGAUGUCCUAUGGUCUUUGGGUUUGUGUCUUUGGUGCGAAGCUGGUCGAGUCUUACUUCUUCCUGACCUUGUCGCUGAAGGAUCCCAUCCGGAUCUUGUCGCCCAUGCGCAUCCACCAGUGCGCGGGUGUGACAUACAUCCCCAACGUCCUCUGCCACGCUCAGCCCCAGAUUCUCUUGGGUCUAAUGUUCUUCAUGGAUUUGACGCUCUUCUUCCUGGAUAGUUAUCUGUGGUACGUCAUUUGCAACACCAUCUUCUCGGUCGCCAGAUCAUUCUAUCUCGGUGUGUCGAUCUGGUCGCCCUGGAGAAACGUGUUCUCUCGCCUGCCCAAGCGUAUCUACUCCAAGGUGCUCGCUACGACCGACAUGGAAAUCAAAUACAAGCCGAAGGUGCUCAUCUCCCAGGUUUGGAAUGCUAUCAUCAUCUCCAUGUACAGGGAGCACCUUCUGGCCAUCGAUCACGUCCAGAAGCUCCUUUAUCACCAGGUUCCGUCCGAGGUCGAAGGCAAGCGGACUCUGCGUGCGCCGACGUUCUUCGUCUCCCAAGAAGAUCAGUCUUUCAAGACCGAGUUCUUCCCUGCUGGUAGCGAGGCUGAACGUCGUAUCUCCUUCUUCGCCCAGUCUCUGUCCACCCCCAUGCCCGAGCCUCUCCCUGUUGACAACAUGCCCACUUUCACGGUGCUUAUCCCUCAUUACGGUGAGAAGAUUCUUCUGUCUCUUCGUGAAAUUAUCCGUGAAGAUGAGCCUUACUCUCGUGUUACUCUGCUGGAAUAUCUCAAGCAGCUUCACCCUCACGAGUGGGAUUGCUUCGUCAAGGACACCAAGAUCCUGGCUGAUGAGACCUCGCAAUACAACGGUGAUCAGGAGAAAAGCGAGAAAGAUGCUCAGAAGAGCAAGAUCGAUGAUCUCCCCUUCUACUGCAUUGGUUUCAAGUCUGCUGCUCCCGAGUACACUCUUCGUACCCGUAUCUGGUCUUCCCUGCGCUCCCAGACUUUGUACAGGACUAUCUCUGGUUUCAUGAACUUCAGCCGCGCUAUCAAGCUGCUGUACCGUGUUGAGAAUCCCGAAGUCGUUCAAAUGUUCGGUGGCAACUCCGAAAAGCUUGAGCGUGAGCUCGAGCGCAUGGCCCGUCGCAAGUUCAAGAUCUGUGUUUCCAUGCAGCGUUACGCCAAGUUUAACAAGGAGGAGCGUGAAAACACCGAGUUCCUUCUGCGUGCCUACCCUGAUCUCCAGAUUGCUUACCUUGAUGAGGAGCCUCCGACGGAAGAAGGCGAGGAGCCCCGCUUGUACUCUGCUCUGAUCGAUGGACACUGUGAGCUUCUCGACAACGGAAUGCGCAAGCCCAAGUUCAGGAUUCAGCUCUCCGGCAACCCCAUUCUCGGAGACGGAAAGUCUGACAACCAGAACCACUCCAUCAUCUUCUACCGUGGUGAAUAUAUUCAGGUCAUUGACGCUAACCAGGACAACUACCUGGAAGAGUGCUUGAAGAUUCGCAGCGUUCUGGCCGAAUUUGAGGAGCUGACCACCACCAAUGUCUCCCCUUACACUCCUGGUGUUCCCUCUGACAAAACCACACCCGUCGCCAUCCUCGGAGCCCGUGAAUACAUUUUCUCGGAGAAUGUGGGUCUUCUUGGUGACGUCGCUGCCAGUAAGGAACAGACAUUCGGUACUUUGUUCGCCCGUACUCUCGCUCAGAUCGGCGGAAAGCUGCAUUAUGGUCACCCUGACUUCUUGAAUGGUAUCUUCAUGACUACUCGUGGUGGUAUCUCCAAGGCUCAAAAGGGUUUGCACCUGAACGAGGAUAUCUAUGCUGGUAUGACUGUUCUGCUCCGUGGUGGACGCAUUAAGCAUUGCGAAUACUUCCAAUGUGGUAAGGGUCGUGAUCUUGGAUUUGGCUCCAUUCUCAACUUCACCACGAAGAUUGGUACUGGUAUGGGUGAGCAGAUGCUGUCCAGAGAAUACUACUACCUCGGAACUCAGCUGCCUCUUGACCGUUUCUUGUCUUUCUAUUAUGCUCACCCUGGUUUCCACAUUAACAACAUGUUCAUUAUGCUGUCUGUGCAGAUGUUCAUGAUUGUCCUCGUCAACCUUGGAGCCUUGAGACACGAGACCAUCACCUGUCGGUAUGACUCCAACUUGCCGAUCACUGAUCCUCUGCGUCCCACAUACUGUGCCGACUUGACGCCCAUUGUGAACUGGGUCAACCGCUGUGUUAUUUCCAUCUUCAUCGUCUUCUUCAUCUCCUUCGUCCCCUUGGCCGUCCAAGAAUUGACUGAGAGAGGCGUGUGGCGCAUGGCGACUCGUCUGGCAAAGCAUUUCGGUUCCUUCUCUUUCAUGUUCGAGGUGUUCGUCUGCCAGAUCUAUGCCAAUGCUGUCCAUAACAACUUGUCUUUCGGUGGUGCCCGUUAUAUCGGUACUGGUCGUGGUUUUGCCACUGCCCGUAUUCCUUUCGGUGUCCUCUACUCGCGUUUCGCUGGGCCUUCCAUCUACGCCGGUGCUCGUCAGCUUCUGAUGCUUCUGUUUGCGACCUCCACCGUCUGGACCGCGUCGUUGAUCUGGUUCUGGGUUUCGCUGUUGGCCUUGGUCAUCUCUCCCUUCCUGUUCAACCCUCACCAGUUCGCGUGGCAUGACUUCUUCAUCGAUUACCGCGACUACAUCCGCUGGCUCUCUCGCGGUAACUCUCGCUCGCAUGCUUCUUCCUGGAUUGCCUUCUGUCGCUUGUCUCGUACCCGUAUCACUGGUUACAAGCGCAAGCUUCUUGGUGUACCUUCUGAGAAGGGAUCCGGUGAUAUUCCCCGAGCUCGCAUCUCGAACAUCUUCUUCAGUGAGGUUGUCGCUCCUCUGGUAGUUGUUGGUGUUACCCUUGUCCCUUACCUUUACAUCAACUCCCGAACUGGUAUCUCCAAUGACAACAAUCAUGCUUCGAAUGCCAUUGUCCGUAUCGCCAUCGUGGCUUUUGGUCCCAUCGCUAUCAACGCCGGUGUUGCGGGUAUGUUCUUCGGCAUGGCUUGUUGUAUGGGCCCAAUUUUCAGCAUGUGCUGCAAGAAGUUCGGUGCUGUUUUGGCUGCUAUUGCUCACGCCAUUGCCGUUAUUGUCCUUCUGGCUAUCUUCGAAGUCAUGUUCUUCCUCGAGGCUUGGUCUUGGCCUAGAUGUGUUAUGGGCAUGAUCGCCAUGGCUGCUAUCCAGCGGUUCAUCUACAAGCUCAUCAUCUCCCUCGCCCUUACCAGAGAAUUCAAGAAUGACCAGUCUAAUAUCGCCUGGUGGACUGGUAAGUGGUACAGCAUGGGCUGGCACACUCUGUCCCAGCCUGGUCGUGAAUUCCUCUGUAAGAUCACUGAACUGGGUUACUUCUCUGCCGACUUCGUCUUGGGUCACAUUCUCCUGUUUGUCAUGUUGCCUGCGCUCUGCGUGCCUUACGUUGACAAGUUCCACUCGGUCAUUCUUUUCUGGCUGCGCCCGAGUCGUCAGAUCCGGCCUCCGAUCUACUCUCUGAAGCAGUCCAAGCUUCGCAAGCGCAGAGUCAUUCGUUUCGCUAUCCUCUAUUUCACGAUGCUGGUUAUCUUCCUCGUCCUCCUCAUUGCCCCUCUCGUUGCUCGUAACCAGAACAUCAGCUUCGGUUCGAGCUUGCCCAUGGACAUCAUGCAGCCGCUCGACAGGGACAACAAUGACACCAUCGCCAGUUACACUGGUAGAGGUCUUCCUGUCGGUUUCUCGGGCUGGACUCCCACCAACCCGGCUGCCACGAAAACCGGCUCGAGCUCUUGAGGUGCCUGUUGCCGCAUCGAUUGUCAUCUUUUUCUUUACAUUCUCUCAUUUUUGCGAAAAUGGAACAUGGA